CUUGAUCAUAUAUUGUCCCCCCCACCUAUGCCUUUUCAAAAAUCCAGUGGUCCUGAAGUCUCUUCUGGCCCUGGAAAUUCUUCUAAAUUUAAGAGGCAGCUGAGUGAAGAUGGCAGAUGGCUCAGAAGAGGAAGCCUUGGAGGAGCUCUGACUG